AACGAUGACCGCUCCCUGGCGGCGCCUCCGGAGUCUGGUUUGGGAAUACUGGGCCGGGCUCCUCGUGUGCGCCUUCUGGAUCCCGGACUCGCGCGGGAUGCCCCACGUCAUUCGGAUCGGAGGAAUCUUCGAGUAUGCCGAUGGCCCCAACGCCCAGGUCAUGAACGCUGAGGAGCAUGCCUUUCGAUUUUCUGCCAACAUCAUCAACAGGAACAGGACUCUGCUGCCCAACACAACCUUGACCUAUGACAUCCAGAGGAUUCACUUCCAUGACAGCUUCGAGGCUACCAAGAAGGCCUGUGACCAGCUGGCUCUGGGCGUGGUGGCGAUCUUCGGGCCGUCACAGGGCUCUUGCACCAACGCCGUUCAGUCCAUCUGCAAUGCCCUGGAGGUGCCCCACAUCCAACUGCGCUGGAAGCACCACCCGCUGGACAACAAGGACACCUUCUACGUGAACCUCUACCCCGACUAUGCCUCUCUCAGCCACGCUAUCCUUGAUCUGGUUCAAUACCUCAAGUGGCGGUCGGCCACCGUGGUCUAUGACGACAGUACAGGGCUCAUCCGGCUGCAGGAGCUCAUCAUGGCCCCGUCUAGAUACAACAUCCGCUUGAAGAUCCGCCAGCUGCCCAUUGACUCGGAUGACUCCCGGCCACUGCUCAAGGAGAUGAAACGAGGUCGGGAGUUCCGCAUCAUCUUUGACUGCAGCCACACCAUGGCAGCCCAGAUCCUCAAGCAGGCCAUGGCCAUGGGCAUGAUGACUGAGUACUACCACUUCAUCUUCACCACGCUGGAUCUCUAUGCAUUGGACCUGGAGCCCUACCGCUACUCUGGGGUGAACCUGACGGGGUUCCGGAUCCUCAACGUGGACAACCCGCACGUCUCGGCCAUCGUGGAGAAGUGGUCCAUGGAGCGGCUGCAGGCGGCUCCCCGUGCAGAAUCUGGCCUGCUGGACGGAGUGAUGAUGACGGACGCGGCCUUGCUGUAUGACGCCGUCCAUAUCGUGUCCGUGUGCUACCAGCGGGCGCCACAGAUGACCGUGAACUCCCUGCAGUGCCAUCGGCACAAGGCCUGGCGCUUUGGCGGCCGCUUCAUGAACUUCAUCAAGGAGGCUCAAUGGGAAGGAUUAACUGGACGGAUUGUUUUCAACAAAACCAGUGGCUUGCGGACGGAUUUUGAUCUGGACAUCAUCAGCCUGAAGGAGGAUGGCCUGGAGAAGGUCGGGGUGUGGAGUCCUGCCGACGGGCUCAACAUCACGGAGGUCGCCAAAGGCCGAGGCCCUAAUGUCACUGACUCUCUGACCAACAGGUCGCUCAUUGUCACCACAGUGCUGGAAGAGCCCUUCGUCAUGUUCCGGAAGUCCGACAGGACCCUCUAUGGCAACGACCGGUUCGAGGGCUACUGCAUCGACCUGCUGAAGGAGCUGGCCCACAUCCUGGGCUUCUCCUACGAAAUCCGGCUGGUGGAGGACGGCAAGUACGGUGCCCAGGAUGACAAGGGCCAGUGGAACGGCAUGAUCAAGGAGCUCAUCGACCACAAGGCAGACCUGGCUGUGGCUCCCCUGACCAUCACCCAUGUCCGAGAGAAGGCCAUCGACUUCUCCAAGCCCUUCAUGACGCUGGGCGUGAGCAUCCUGUAUCGCAAGCCCAACGGCACCAACCCCAGUGUCUUCUCCUUCCUCAAUCCCUUGUCCCCAGACAUCUGGAUGUAUGUGCUCCUCGCCUACCUGGGUGUCAGCUGUGUCCUCUUUGUCAUCGCCAGGUUCAGCCCUUACGAGUGGUAUGAUGCUCACCCGUGCAACCCUGGCUCCGAGGUGGUGGAAAAUAACUUCACUCUGCUUAAUAGCUUCUGGUUCGGAAUGGGGUCCCUGAUGCAGCAAGGAUCUGAACUGAUGCCUAAAGCUCUGUCCACACGCAUCAUUGGUGGCAUCUGGUGGUUCUUCACACUCAUCAUCAUCUCCUCCUACACGGCCAACCUGGCUGCCUUUCUGACUGUGGAGCGCAUGGAAUCACCCAUCGACUCUGCCGAUGACCUGGCCAAGCAAACCAAAAUCGAGUAUGGGGCUGUCAAGGACGGGGCCACCAUGACCUUCUUCAAGAAAUCUAAGAUCUCCACCUUCGAGAAGAUGUGGGCCUUCAUGAGCAGCAAGCCCUCGGCACUGGUGAAGAACAAUGAGGAGGGUAUCCAGAGGACUCUGACAGCUGACUAUGCGCUGCUCAUGGAGUCCACCACCAUUGAGUAUAUCACCCAGAGGAACUGCAACCUCACCCAGAUCGGGGGCCUCAUUGACUCCAAGGGCUACGGCAUUGGCACGCCCAUGGGCUCCCCAUACAGGGACAAGAUCACCAUCGCCAUCCUGCAGCUGCAAGAGGAGGACAAGCUGCACAUCAUGAAGGAGAAGUGGUGGCGGGGCAGCGGGUGUCCCGAGGAGGAGAACAAGGAGGCCAGCGCCCUGGGGAUCCAGAAGAUCGGGGGCAUCUUCAUUGUCCUGGCCGCUGGGCUGGUCCUGUCCGUGCUGGUGGCCGUGGGCGAGUUUGUGUACAAGCUCCGCAAAACAGCAGAGAGAGAGCAGCGCUCCUUCUGCAGCACUGUGGCCGACGAGAUCCGUUUCUCCCUCACCUGCCAGCGUCGCAUCAAGCACAAGCCGCAGCCUCCCAUGAUGGUCAAGACCGACGCCGUCAUCAACAUGCACACGUUCAAUGACCGCCGGCUUCCGGGCAAGGACAGCAUGGCCUGCAGCACGUCAUUAGCCCCCGUAUUUCCCUAGGCACAGCUGGGGUGGGGACCGCAGGCCUGGGGGCUGGGCAGAGGAAAGCAACGGAAUCUGGAAGAAACGUCCCCUGUCCCCAUGUAGGCUUGGGGACCAGAGCUGCUGCCUGCCUAUCUGGCCAGGAGUCCUCUGUCCUUACCUGCCAGGAACCAGCAGGCCUUGGGCCAGAUGCUGGGGCUUCAUUCUUCUCUUAUUUCUUCUAUGGGUUUCUAAAGCUGCCAGUCGAGAUAGCCAAGGCCAAAAGAAGCACAUGCCUCUCUCAGGCCAAACUCACCUGCCCCCAAUACUCUUGGAGAGUCAGAAGUUUCUGCCCGGGCCCUGCAGGGGCCACAGAAAAUGAGAGGCAGCUCUUAAAUUGCCAUUCCUUACCCAAGAGCCCAUGCCUCCUAGGGCUUGACCAUGAGGCCAGAGACACAAGCCUUCGGCGCCUUAAGGAUUUGAUAGCAUGGCUGCCAGUGGGAGUUAAUGGUGAGGGACAGCUGCCCCGUAUGCCUGGGCAGAAAGAAGACUUCAUCUCCCAGGGGCUGUUCACAUGGUCCUGGUCUUCCGGACUUGACACCACCCUGACAGUUCCUGUCUUGGCAGAGUUGAAGACAGAGAGCCAUGCGAGGGGUAAAGAGGAGUUUGGGGUAUGAGAGAGAAGAGAAUGCACAAAUAGAGGCCACCAUUUUGAAUUCUAAUGGAAAGUGUUCCAGUGGCUCCCACUCUUCCAGGAAUAUAAGGGAGUGUUCACAGAUCACUCUUCUCCACUUUCUGGCCAGAGGAUAGAGGACCCCCAAGUCUCUCACAAAGGAUGCCUGGAGACUCAGCAGAUGUUUGAAACCCAGCAGAGGAAGAGCAGAUUCCAUGGAAAGCCCACAGGCCCGUGAGCCAAUGGAUCUUACUUUGUGGCUAGCAAGCUAUUUUCUAAACCUUCUUGGUAUUUGGGACCUGGGCCCUUUGCCAUCUUCUCAUCAGCAAUCCCCCAUUCUUGGCCAGUUAAUCUUGGCCUUCCUGUCAUCUCAAAAGGAGGAAAGUCAAUUGAAGUGAAAGUCAAAUCUCCCUCUUCAAAAGAGGAGUCAGUGUCCUACUAUACAGGCUAACUUUGGGGUCAGUGGGAAAAGCCAGAGGAACCCUAAGAACUCAUGACCUGGACUUGGCAAACCUAAAGAUGCUCCCCAGAAAAGGGAAGAUUCCAGGUAGGGAGAGAGAAGCUGCUGCCUGGAGAAUUAACCAAAGACCCUACACAGAGAUGCAAGGCCUCGCUGGCCCCUUGUCUCUUGUCCAAAGCGGCUGUGACCUUGUGGGGCUUGGGGAAGACAGCAGAGAAGUAGCAGCAGAUAGGGUGCCAGCCAGGGGGUGGACCAGAUGAUCUCUGGACUGAAGUUCGCUGUGAUGGAUGCUCUAAAGGGCUGUGACUAAGAGUGAGACAUGAAGGGUUAGGA